AUGUUGCUAUCGACCAUUGAAUUUCAAUCUAACAGUUUCAACAGUAAAACCAAGACCACCACCCCAUCAAAAGUACUCCAUUCAUGGAAGACAACAUCAACAAGAAGAAGAAGAAGACAACAACAACAACAACAACAAGAAGCAAAGAAAUCAAACAAAGAAGAGGCCCCUACUACUACUACUACUACUGCUACUGCAACUCACUUCAAGUGUAGUUCUGAAGUUAAAGGCAUUCGUUUUGGUGGCCAAAUCAUCAUCAAAUCCUUCACCAUUAGAAGAGCAACAACCAUUGAACUUCUAACUCUUCUCUCAUCUCCAUCUCCAUCUCUCUUCACUUCCACCAUCACUUACAUUCCCACAAACUUCACCAUCCUUGCUCACCAUGCAUGGCAUACUUUGACUUUAGGCCUUGGUACUAAGAAAUCCAAAGUUGUCAUCUUUAUGUUUGAGAAUGAGAGCUUGAAGAUGAGUGUGGAGAGGUUGUGGGGAGGAGUAGUGGUUCUUGGUGAUGUAAAUAAGAAGAUGAUAAGAGGGUUGAGUGGGUGUGAAAUGGCAAGGUUUAAGUUUAGGAAAGGGUGUCUUACUUUUUAUGUUUAUGCAGUGAGGAGGUUGGGAUCUUGUGGGUUUAAUAAAGCUGAUGAUUUGAGAUGUAUUUUGGAGUCUCUUGUUGGUUUGAAUGAUUUCUUGGAUCACACUGCCAUGCUUGCACUUCCUUCACAGCAAUCCAUCACUUUCUCUUUUCCUCUUCCUCAUUGAUUAAGUUUGACUGUUUGAGUUGAGUUCCUUCAAA